UGUUUUAAUGUGAGACUGAAUGUGUGUGUUCCAGGGGAGGUGUUCCUCAUGAUGGAACAGAUGAAGGUGUCCGUAACAGACCUGGACUCUGUCCCUCUAGACCACGUGCUGAGUGAGGCAGGGGGCCAAGCCUUGGUGAGACAUGAGGGCAAAGGAUCCGAGGGCUUCCUGGAACACAUCUUCAAAUACGCUGCGAAGGAACUGUUUGGUCUGGAUGUAGACCAGAUCACAUACAAGACUCUCAGGAACCGUGACUUCCAGGAGGUGUGUCUGGAGCGGGAUGGGGAGGUGCUGCUGCAGUUUGCAUCCAUCUACGACUUCAGGAACAUCCAGACUCUGGUCCACCGCAUGAGGACAGGACACAUCCCCUACCAACUGGUGGAGGUGCUGUCAUGCCCCGGCGGCUGUGUGAGUGGUCGUGGGCAGGCGGAGGGAGAGACAGGGCGUCGGGUGGACAAGGCCUUGGUUCAGCAGAUGGAGGACGCCUACAGCAGUCUAACAGUCAGGCUGCCUGACACAAACCCUGACCUACUCAUACUCUACCAGGAUUGGCUGGAGGGACAGGACUCAACUCAUGCCAACACACUCCUACACACACAGUACACACAGCAGACCCCCAGCCAGACAUAGACACACAUACAGUGGUGAGACACACACACACAGAAACCCAAACACACCUCAACAUCCAAAAGCCCAAUCAAUCACUGACCCUCUGUCUUCCAAGGACCCACUGCAGUGGUUUCCAUAGGUACCAUUGUAUAGGAGGGGAUGGGCAGAGGGCCUGGAUACUGUGUUUGUGUUCCUUUGCUCCCUGCCUAAAGAAUCAUCUCUGAAAAACACCCAUAUAUCCAAGACUUGAUUCUGAACUUCCUUACUCGAAAAGUAAAGGUGGUGCUGUUAUUCCAUCCGAUGUACUGCUCUCGAGUGUUGUGGAGGCUUAUCCACUGCUUUCACCAUGGAGGGGAAACAGCAAAUACUUGUGCUUUGUUCCAGAGGGAAUUCAUGAUGUGACAGACACAUUUGUGACAUUGGGAAAACAAUUGUAUCUGAUCCAAGGGGUGAAGCAGGAAAACUAUCAAACAAACUGUGUCUUGUUAACAUGUAGUGAAUGUGAAACCUGUAAGUAGGACUAAAAGCAUUCUUAGAAGUGAUCCAAACAGUUUAAAUAAAACCAGCUGUACUUGUAUCAACUGACAAAUGGA